AAUUCUCAAUCCAAUACACUAAUCAAACUUUGGCAAAUUCACACAUUUCAAUUUAUUUAUAAAUAAAAACAAACCACAAUUAUUCUAUUAAAUACUUUUCAAUCAAAUACAACAAAUUAUAACCUAAAUAUUUUUGUUUAAAUAAAUGCCAAACGCUAUGGAAAAGACCAGCUGUAAGAAACCCUUGCAACCGUCUGUUGGUGGGCGUAAGAAAUCAGGACCAAAAUUUGAGCUCUCCGAAGAACAAAAAGCUGACAUCAAAGAAGCAUUUGACCUAUUCGAUACCAAUUCCACUGGCUACAUUGAGGUUAAAGAACUAAAAGUUGCCAUUCGUGCUCUAGGCUUUGAGCCCAAAAAAGAGGAAAUCAAACGAAUGAUUGCAGAAAUCGAUAAAGACGGCAGCGGUAAGCUAUCCUUUGCUGACUUCCUCCAGCUAAUGACAAUGAAAAUGGCAGAAAAAGACACCAAAGAGGAGAUUCUCAAAGCUUUUCGUCUUUUCGAUGACGAUGACACUGGCAAGAUUUCAUUUAAAAAUUUGAAACGAGUUGCUCGUGAACUAGGAGAGAAUCUUACCGACGAAGAGUUACGUGAAAUGAUCGAUGAAGCUGAUUUGGAUAACGAUGGAGAGGUCAGUCAAGAGGAGUUUCUAAGAAUAAUGAAGAAAACUAGUUUAUAUUAAUUAUUGUUAUAAAUGUCGAAUAACAAACACAUUCCCACAUAAUAUAGUUAUUUAUUUAUGCGAAUUCAAUGCAACACUAAUUUUUAUUAAUAAAAAAAAAAUAAUACGAAUAUCUCACAUUGAAUUGGUUACUACCGAUAUUUUUUUGUUCUAUUAAAUCUGGAAUUCAAUCUUAGCUGUGACUAGAUAGGCACCAUUAAAUUAUAACUAGCGCUAUUCUAAAUGAAAACUUCCCGAGAAAUUUGUUCGGAAGAGGGCUUCUUAUCAAAAAGCUUAAGUAAAUUUUACUUCCUUUUUCAUCAUUAUUAACGAAAAGGGAACAAAAUCGAAAUAGAAAAGUAACAAUAUUCUACGAGGUUUUUCGAUUGGAAGCCGUUUCCCUGACAAUUUUCAUCCAAUCCAGAAUAGGACUGAAUGUAAAUUGCCUUUGCGAAUGACGUUGGUUUGGCUAAUUCAAAAUUAUACCAAUCAACAAAAAUCCUAUUAUUGAACUUAUGUGUCUAGUCACUUCCUUUAAUUUUAUAUUUACUAUUUAGUUGCUAAACUACACAUAUACAUGAAACACGACCCAAUGCCAGAGUUAAGAUAAGGUCUUGUGAGUUACUAAUGAGCUUAAAUAUAUAUAAAUUUAUUACUUUGUAUGCUUCAAGAAAUAAAUAUUUUAUUGAAACAAAAUUAUGUUUAAG